GCCAGCUUCGGCGGCUGCAGCGCGUGAGGCUGUCCCGGGACCGGGGUGGCUCGCGGUGCCUUAGCACCAGCAUCCCACACCCCGCCAGGCGCAGGCACAGAGUUAAAGCGGGGCCCGGCUGCUCUGCUGACCGCUGGGGCAGGAGGCUGCGGGGGACCGAAGGGAGGAAGCCCCCAGCACCCCUCCGAGGGGCAGGGCAGCCGCCCUCUGGGCAAUGCAACUCCCGGCGCUGCGAGCCUGGCCCCUCUGGCUUGGGCUGGUGCUGCUGGGCUUGAAGGCAGCGCCCUGCCAGCAAGCUCUUGAAUGUUACCCUGAUGGACAUCAGAUCCUUCAGAGUCCUUACCGGAGCGUUGAUUUUGAUUCAUCACAACUACAGCAAUCAGCUAUUCAAGAUCUCAUAUGUGACCAUUCACUAACACCAGGAUGGUACCGCUUUCUAAUAUUUGAUAAACCAGCUGAGAUGCCAACCAAGUGUGUGGAGAUGAAUCACUGUGGAACUCAAGCCCCUGUCUGGUUAUCUCUAACGGAGUCAGAAUCCAUGCCUCCACCUGGUGAGAUCAAACAAUUAACAGCUUGUGCAACAUGGCAGUUUUUCUUCAGCACUACAAAAGACUGCUGCCUUUUCCGAAUCCCUGUCAGUGUGAGGAACUGUGGAGAAUUCUUUGUUUAUUUGCUACAGCCCACCCAAGGAUGCAUGGGGUAUUGUGCAGAAGAAGCAAAACCACAAACAUGUGAUCCCGGGGAAGUGAAAACUCAAGGUGUCUGUAGUAGUAGACUGUCUCCUUCAUCAUCUCCAUCCCCAUCACCACCACCUCCUACUUCACUUGAAAUUGUGGCAGAGUUGGUUGAAGCCAGUGUUUACUUAAGGUGUACUUUUGAUGUUCCUCUCACAAAUAGUUCAGUGGGAUUUAUUGUAACUUGGUCCAGGCUUGCUUCUGAAGACUUCAAAGAAGAACUGAGACAAGAGACAACAGUUCAGGCAUUCUCACUGUUAGAACUGGAUGGCAUAAAGCUCAGACUCGGAGACAGGAUCUUCUGUAGCAGUUCUACUUUUUUCUUGGGAAAAACAGAUAUACAAAGCCUACCUGUUGAGAGCAGUGAAUUUUUUGCUGGCAUUAAGCUGCAUCCUGAGUCACUGAAUAUAUCAGAAGAUGGAAGAGAAUACAGACUGACAAUAGAAAGUAGAAUUCCUAUUCCUUGUCCCAAAUUUAGCCAACUUGAAAAUGACUGCAAAAUCUCAUUAAAAUUAAAUACUAUUGAUGAAGGUAAAGAGCAGCUAGGCUUAAACUUGGCUCUUUCUUCUUGUGAUGUGGAUCUUCUUCAGAAACCCUGCAUUAAUGGAAUCUGUAGCCAGGUUAUUGUUUAUUUCACUGCUGUGACAGAUUUUGCUCAGGAUGGAGACAGAGUUACCAAGAUUAUGGUGGAACCUAUAUUAAGUGACAAUUUCCUGUGGAACCGCUACAUCCCAGAAGGCAUACAGAUUACAAUAAAGGAUCUUCCCUCUGCCUACUGCUACUCAUUUACUGACCCACAUAUAAUUACAUUUGAUGGCAGGUUGUACGAUAAUUUUAAAACGGGAACAUUUGUGCUCUAUAAGAGUACAUCUCGGGAUUUUGAAGUUCAUGUGCGCCAGUGGGACUGUGGCAGCCUUCACUUCCCAGCAUCAUGUAACUGUGGCUUUGUUGCCAAAGAAGGAAGUGAUAUUAUUGCAUUUGACAUGUGCAGCGGUCAACUACAUGAGUCACAGCCACAUUUAUCUGUAAAGAGUAGAGACAUAAUGGGAAGCAAUAUCAGGAUCACUGAAUCCUAUCUAGGAAGAAAAGUCACGAUCUCAUUUUCUUCUGGAGCUUUCAUUCGUGCCGAUGUGAGUGAAUGGGGAAUGAGUGUGACACUCCGGGCACCCAGUUCAGAUUAUAAGAACACUUUAGGACUUUGCGGCACAUUUGAUGGAGAUGCAGAGAAUGACUACCACACUGUGAAUAGGAAAGAAAUCCCAAAGAAUUCUAACGCUCAUCUUACUUUUAUUAAUGAGUGGAGAAUUUCACCAGGAGACAGUUUGUUUGACAAAACACCAGGUUCUUUAAGUUCAUCCAAGAAAACACCCUUCUGUAGUUGCACAGUUGAGGAUGCUGGAUUAUAUCAAUCGGUGAAUAAAUUGGAUUCUGUUUCUCAAACAGAAUCUGCUUCAUCUUGCAAAGAAAGUGAAAAUGUUAAGUUUCUUUCUUUGAUACCAGGACUGGAUGUCACUGCUGAGUAUUUUAGCUCUGUUGAUCUUAUCAGGCACUUAAGCAGACGUGCAUCUUCACAUGAAAAGGAUUCUUCUGCUCUUCUGUCAGGAGAAGACCAGUCUGUUAAUCAAACCAAACAUCACACACAAACCCUAGCACAUACAGCUAUAAAUUCAAGGGAAGACACUGGAACAGAAAAACAAGGCUCAUUGAGCUUGGGAAGUAGAAGAAAUAAACAGAAGUAUGACAGCCAUCUCCACAAAAGACAGCCUGUCAGAAAUAGAUGGAAGCGCCAGCAUUAUUAUGAAUACCUUUCUGUAUUUCCAUUCCAAAGUCUCAGCCAAAUGGACCUGGAAGGGUUUACCUAUUUUUUUCCAGAGGACCAUAUCCCUGACACACACCAAGAAUUUUUUCCUUCUUGGCCCACACCUUCUGGCCUCACUGAGUCCAGUGCCUUGGCACUAUGCAAGCAAACAAUAGCUAACUCCAGCAUAGGAAGAACUUGCACUGCUCUUCUUGGCAGGCGGAUAGAGGAUACAGUAGAUAUGUGUGUUAAAGAUCUGUUGCUAAAGGAUGAUCUCAGCUGGUCAGAAGCAGGCAUGGCCCUGUUAGAGAAUGAAUGUGAAAAGAGGGUUUUGGAAGAAAUAAAUUACAACACACAAGGAUUUCAGGGGUCAAUUGAAGACCUUCUCUUAGCAUUAAAAUGCCCCAAUCUCUGCAGUGGUAAUGGACAGUGUGUAGAAUGGGGCUGUGCCUGUUUUCAAGGCUUUAGUUCCUAUGACUGCAGUGUGUUGUCUGAUCAGGUUCCAGAAAUUACAGAGCUGGAGAAUGAUGGAUUGUGUGAUGUUCGACAGUAUGACUGUACAUCUGUGAGAGCUUUUGGCCAAGGAUUCAGGGAGUCACCCAGUCUGAAAUGUGAAAUUAUCAAACUACAGUACAGCGAUGGUAAAUGGAUCCUGGGAGAACCUGUGUUUACGCCGGCUGCCUUCCAAAACACCAGAACUGUUGAUUGCCAACUGCCGACUGAUGGUCAGCAAUCUGAUGUCAUGGAUCAGGUUGACGACAAACCUAUUGCGAGGUGGCAAAUCAAGAUUUCUAAUGAUGGAUUCAUUUAUAGCAACCCUAAAACAAUGACAUUAUUUGAUGGAGCUUGUCAAACAUGUGAACCACAGGCAAAUCGGUUAUGUACAUUAAAGGAGAAAACAUGCAACAUAGAUGGCCUCUGUUAUGGGGAAGGAGAUACAAAUCCCACCAGCCCAUGCUUACUCUGCAGACCUGACAUCUCAAAGUUAACUUGGUCAGUUACUGAAAACAAUGAGCCUCCUGUGCUUCAAACUUUGCAAGGCACACUACAGACAUUUUAUGGGGAAAAUUUUGUGUACCAGUUUAUGGCAUCAGAUCCAGAAGGCUCUGCCAUCCUUUUUAUGUUGGACUCUGGUCCUGAAGGUGCCAGCCUUUCCCCUUCUGGCCUCCUUAUAUGGAAGGCUGUGGCAAAGAGUUCACAGAAAUUGACAUUUUCUUUGACAGAUGAUUGCAAUGCUGAGACUAAAGUAAUAAUAGAGGUCAAUGUGAAAUCGUGUGAUUGUUUAAAUGGUGGGUCAUGUGUGACAAAUAUACAUUUCCCAUCUGGAAGUGGAAAAUACCUGUGUGUCUGUCUGCCUGGUUUUGAAGGUGACCUCUGUCAAGUGAAUUUUGAUUAUUGUAAAUCUAAUCCCUGUGGUAUUGGCAGAUGUGUUGAUGGGAUAAACAGCUACUACUGUGAAUGCACACCUGGGCUGCAGGGUAGAGACUGCCAAGAAGAUAUUGAUGAAUGUGCAUCCAAGCCUUGCUUCCCUGGAGUAUUUUGCUUCAAUACUUUUGGUUCCUAUUAUUGUGGUCCAUGCCCAAAAGGUCUACAUGGAGAUGGGGAGAUAUGCCAUGUUGAAACAAAAUUGACAAGUGAUGUUCCCUCACAUCUUUUGGCUCCGGAAAGCUUUGAAGAUGUUUAUGAUGAAAGAGAGGAUGACACUGAAGAAAUGGGAAGGAAUGAGGGUGAAGAUUACAUUUUUCAUGAAGAAAAUGGAAUUGCUGAUGCACAUACUGAUGAGAAUGUAUCUGGUUAUCAACAGUCCUUUGAGAGAGUUCCUAAUGCCACAAGCUUUACUCCGAGUCCUACAGAUGUUGUCGAAAGUUUUAUUUCUGUGAAAAGAGCCAGCAGCACCCCCUCAACCUCCACAGUGAAAACAAACACACCGUGGAAGCGAAUUAAUUCUCAAAUAACCACUUUUGACCAGUCUGCUAGUACCAGAUACAUUGGCCAUACCUUCACUGCCAUCAGUAACCAGCUAGAUAACACAGGAGAAAGCUCUGCUGUAAACACUAUGACAAUGCCAUCUUUUAGGAACAGUCCAGUAUUACACGAUAAGACAACAAUGACACAAUCUGAGGCCUACAAUCCUUUAGAGAAUAGCAAGGACACAUUGCUUAGCAGCAAAAUGAACAUACCCUCCAUAAUGAGCAGAGUAUUAAAAGGAGGAAAUAGUCACAAAGUUCAACACCCAUCGGUCAAGCAUAAGGAUAGUCUUUUACGGUCUGGUUUUGUUGGAAUCACUGACCCACCAAAAGUGCCUGGCACAGAUAUGGAAUCAGAUGCAACAGCAGUGCCUAAGGCAUUAACUUGUGCUGAUUUACCUUGUUUUCCUGGAGCUCUCUGUGAACCAAGCCAUGAUGGAAGUUUCAAAUGCGGUCGUUGUCCUUAUGGUUAUUAUGGAGAUGGUGUUACUUGCAGAGCAAUAUGUAGGCAUGCAUGUGGUAAAAACAUGGAGUGCGUGGCACCCAAUAUUUGCAAAUGCAAACGUGGCUAUUCUGGUUAUAACUGUCAGAGUGCUGUAUGUCAACCUGACUGUAAAAACCAUGGCAAAUGCACGAAGCCCAGUGUCUGUGAAUGUCCCCCAGGAUACAGUGGAUCAACCUGUGAGGAAGCACAUUGUAACCCACUGUGUCAACAUGGAGGCACAUGCUUGGCCAGAAAUCUCUGCACCUGCCCUUAUGGUUUUGUGGGACCCAGGUGUGAAACAAUGGUUUGCAACAGACACUGUGAAAAUGGUGGCGAAUGUCUCACUCCAGAUGUCUGCCAGUGUAAAGCUGGCUGGUAUGGACCUACAUGCAAUACAGCGGUGUGUGACCCCGUAUGCCUCAAUGGUGGCUCCUGUACUAAGCCAAAUGUUUGCCUCUGUCCAAAUGGAUUCUUUGGUGCCCAGUGUCAGAAUGCUGUUUGCUACCCUCCCUGUAAGAAUGGUGGUCACUGCAUGAGAAAUAAUGUGUGCACCUGUCCUGAUGGGUACACUGGCAGAAGAUGUGAAAAAAGUAUCUGUGACCCAAUGUGCAUGAAUGGAGGCAGAUGUGUGGGGCCAAACAUUUGCUCUUGCCCCUCAGGGUGGAGAGGAAAACGAUGUAAUACACCUAUUUGUCUUCAGAAAUGUAAGAACGGCGGAGAAUGUAUCGGACCAAGCAUGUGUCAUUGCCUGCCACAGUGGGAAGGGGUUCAGUGUCAAACACGUGUGUGCUGCCUAAUGUGUGCUCUUGUCGUCCUGGUUAUACUGGAGUCAUCUGUGCAAAGAAACUACAGGUACGGAGACAUCAUGGUUGAAGAAAAUCAAGUACAUGGAUUACAAAACCAUGCUGUAUGGACUAAGAGGCACAUGAAACUAGAAAGAGGCUUUGAAGGCAAUAAGGAAUGAAGUUUAUUUAAACAAAGGGAGUGAUAUCCUGAAGCAUGCCUUUAAAGUAUUCAUUAUGAUUUUAAAGCCAAGGACAUUAAUUUUUAAACAGUGGUAGAACAAUAACAUACUAAGAGCAGAAAUGUAAUAAUCUGUUGUAAAGCCUCAUUUUAUUGUUACCUCACACUCAGAAACCACAGCCUCUGACUCUCUAUUGGACUUUUAGGUAUUGUAGAUGAUACAAACACCAGAUCCCUGGUCAGCUAAUAUCUGGAGAAGUAGUCAUUGGAGCAGUGAUUUGUAGUGAAUGUCCUUCCUUGGGACCUAAUCUAAACAUCUCCUAGCAGCAGGAAGGCAUCACCUGACAGGAUCAGGUCCUGAAAUAUAGCAUUUUGUUUUCACAUACUGAUUUUAAAGAGCAAGU